AUGCUCUUCACCAAGGCCCUCCUGCUCCUCUCAGCGGCUGUUUCGCCCUUCGCGCUCGCACAGGAGACCGUCACUGUGUCUGGGGCACCUUUCACAACCACUGUCAAAGUCGUCAACGCCCACAGCACCCCGACUCCAACUCCGACUCCGACCCCGACCCCGUCCCCGUCCCCGUCGUCGACCCCGUCGUCGACUCACAAAUUCGUCGCCUCUACGGGUGGCAUCAUCUUGCCGUCCCCGGGACGCUGGAACUCGACUUCGUCUAUCAAGCCUAAGACUUCGUCUGUCUUCGUCACCGCGACCUCCCAAGUGGCCCCCGCGGAAAGCACUCCUGCCUCUGCGUCCUCAACGGCGCAUACUGGUGGAGCAGCCUCUGGCCGGGAGGUUGCAGGCGCCAUGAUGGCCGGUGUCGUUGCUGUUGCGGGUCUGGUCCUGAUGUGA